GUCGAAUGGGAGGGCGGUCUCCGUGGCAACGGCGCCCUGUUUGGUGACACCGGUUGCUUGGCGCCUUUCGUCGUCUUGUUUUUGACUUGACCUGAAGGAGAUUUUCUCUGCGGGGAGCACUUCCGGUGUGCGUUGUGCUGGUCAGGUGGCGAGGUGGGGGCGGGGCCGAACUUCACGACAACUUUGUGUCGACGCGACAGAUGGCGGGAACUUCCAGACACGACCGAGACAUGGCGCUCAACGCCAAACGGCAGCUGACGUCGUGUUCCGACCCGCUGGAGAGACUCCGCCUCCAGUGUCUGGCCCGGGGGUCCGCGGGCAUCAAAGGUCUCGGAAGGGUGUUCCGGAUCAUGGACGACGACGCCAACCGCACGCUGGACUUGAAGGAGUUCCUGAAAGGCGUCCACGACUUCGGCCUCCUGAUGGAAAAACAGGAAGCGGCGGCCAUCUUUCAGCGCUUUGACCGCGACGGGAACGGCACCAUUGACUUCGACGAGUUCCUCAUCAUGCUCAGGCCGGCCAUGUCCGAGGCCCGCCGAGACGCGGUCUUGCGGGCCUUCCGCAAACUGGACAAGAGCAAAGACGGCGUGAUCACCGUGGACGACCUGCGGGGCGUCUACAACGCCAAGUACCACCCCAAGUACCAGAACGGCGAGUGGAGCGAGGAGCAGGUCUUCAGGAGCUUCCUCGACAACUUCGACUCGCCGUACGACAAAGACGGAAAGGUGACGCACGAAGAGUUCGUCAACUACUACUGCGGCGUCAGCGCCUCCAUCGACAACGACGCCUUCUUCAUCCUCAUGAUGACGAACGCCUGGAAGCUCUGAAAGCGCCGUUCGCCUUCGGCGGCGCGGGAACUUUUACGUUUGGGCCUUGAUCGUUUCAGAAAAGGCUACAAUUUUGGAAUCCCGAUA